GCAAAUUAGAGCCUUUUCAUUCCAUGGCAUGGUGUGGGAAAACUGUGGUGGUGGAAGUUGCAAGGCUGCAACACGGCGACCUUGGGAUGCACGUGGACGCUUUGACUUUGGCGGUUUGCCUGGUGGAACCCCAGGGCCUGGUGGCUGCUUGGAAUGCAGCGCAUCCAGGAUGCAUGAUUGAACCGGGUGACCGCCUGGCCUCCGUGAACGGACUUUGUCAUCCCGAGGUGGUCAUGGAACAGCUGUCAGCAGAAUUUUCUUUGCGCAUCGUGGUGGAAAAGAAAGGCGGCUUUUCCGGAGCACUGGUGCCACAUUCCAAGUUUGCGGUCCAGUUGCACCGUUCCGGGGACGGGCCAUUGGGUUUUGGUUUCGAAGUGAACCCCGAGACACUGGAAGUGCUCAGUGUGGCGGAUGAUGGCCAAGUGGCUCAAUGGAACUUGUGGCACCCUUUUCGUGCCAUUGUGGUGGGAGAUCGCAUCGUUGAGAUCAACGGUGAGGUGCAUUCGGCUCGGUAUGAGGUGUUGAUGGAAUCCUUCCAGAUUGACAUGACGUUGCUUCGAGGCCAAGAAUCGGGAUCCAAGGGAUCCAAAGGCAACAGCCUGGCGAAGUACGGCACCUUCGGAGUGAGUUUAUCCACUUACACCGAGCCGGUGGGUUUCGGAGUGAGUUUCUCCACUUUGGAAGUUGAGAAGGUGGAGGCCACGGGAGCUGUACAGAAAUGGAAUGCCGCCAAUCCCAUCAACAAGUUGAGGAUGGGGGAUCGACUGGUGCAGGUGAAUGGCAAGGCAGACCCCAAAUCCAUCCUGGCCGAGUUGAAGGCUCAGAAGGAGUUGAAAUUGGUGGUGGCCCGUGCGGAGAGGCGGAUCGAUCAAAAUCGAUCGCUGUUGACAUUGAAGGAGUGUCAAGCAGCUUGGCCAAAAGAUCCAGAUCGAUGGCGCAGGAUGGUUCGGAUGGGCGGACCUGGACAAACCCAGGCUGGGGCCGCCCUGGCCACCGCUGGUCGCUUCGAGGUGGAGCUCCAGCGGCUGAAGGAUCAGCCCUGGGGCUUCGAGCUGGGCCCCGAUGCUCGGCUCACGCGUGUCGUGGAUGGUGGGCUGCUGGCGCGGUGGAAUUGGAGGCAUCCCUCCAGGGCAGUGGUUCAAGGGGAUCGGCUGAUGAUCAAUGGCUUGACUGAAAGCAAGGCGCUGCAGCAAUGCUUGAAACAAAGUCUGUGCAUCAGGCUGGCGGUUAUGCGCCAGGGUGCCAUGUCGACUUUUGGCAUCAAACUGGUCAAGACAGUCGAGAGAAAAUUGGGGCUCAAGUUGAGUGAAGAUGUGGAAGUCAUCGGGAUCGAUCCUGCAGGUGCCCUGGCCUUGUGGAAUGCAUCCCAUCCACUGCUGGAGGUCCAUUUGGGUGACCGCAUCCUGCAGGUGGGCGAGACAGCAACUCCCGAGCAGAUCUUCCGAAGUUUUCAGUGCAGCUCGGAGCUGGAUUUCCUGAUUGGUCGCUGUCCACGUCGCCUGGAUGCGGCCACCGGGCAGAUCCUGAGUCACAAGGAAUGUGAGGCCGGCUAUGGCAAGGAGGCUCCAGCCCGCUGGGCCGUCAUGCAGCUGGUGCCUGAUGCUCCGGAUCAAGUGCGGGAAGGUGCCGCGGAACGACAAUAUCUAGGAGCUGAGCAUGGAGAUGAGAAUGGGCCACUGCUGGCCAGCGAGUCCUUCUACAGGAGCUUGGUCGAUGUACACCCGGGUACUGUCCAACGGCGUCAGCCAAUGCUUCCGCCACCAUCAGGGGGCAUGGAGAUGCGCUCUGCCUUCAGCUGCCCAUGCUGCCAUCGGCUCUUCCAUGUUUUUUUGGAGGAUGGACGAUACCAUGCCCUGCCAGCCACUGGGGCCUUGGCUGGAAUGCAGGUGAAACCUUCUGAGGCUCUACCAGCGCCGGCGCAAAAGUCUAUAGUGGACCUUUGAGGCGAGCCCUGAGCGCAGAAGGACCUGCCCGACCUGCCCGACCUGCCCGGCCAACGGCUUCAAGGUGGAUAUUCAGCUGGGAACCCCUUUGCCGAUUCGAGGGUCGAAGAUGUGGAAGUGGAAGAUGAUCAAUCAUGGAUAUGGCUGGAUAUGGUCCUUAUGGUCCUUUGGAUUUGCGUGGCCCGACUUGAUGAUCCCACCGAGGAACAGAAUCUAAGAUGAUGCUUGCUGCAGUGGGCGCCGCAGCGCUCUGCCACUCCAGCCAAGAGACUUCCGAUGUUUACUGACGUGGUGGAGGUCGAAGACCAAUGCGUUUUUCUGUGAUUUGAUCCGAUUCGGUGAUCAAGGAUUAGCAGACCUGCCUGAUGAGUGAGUCAAAGUCUGAAA